AACGCACACUGAGUGAAAAGAGAGACACAUUCGAUUUAUGAACUAAUCAGGUACCAGUGAUAUUACACAGAGAACAUGGAGAAAUACCAAUGUUCCCAGGGUGUGAAGAAGUGGGCAGGGCUUCUGACGUGUCAGACCAUCUUCCUUGUGCUGAUUGGCCUGGUAUCCAUCAGCACCAAUCAGGCAGUUGCAGAGCCCCUGUCAAAUGCCACUCAACCUGUGGAGACCCCUGAGGAAGAGUUGGCCUCCCUGAAGUUGAAGCUGAGUUCUGUGCUGCGUCGCUACAGCCGUCUGUGUAAUGACUAUGCCAGCCUGGCACACAACUGCUCUGCCACAGUGUUGAAUUUCACAGAGUGUCCUGAGGGGUGGCUUCAUGUAGAUGAAAAAUGUUACUCCUUCAGUAAUGACAAGAUGGACUGGCCGAGCAGCAGAGACAAUUGUACUUCCCUGGGCAGCCACCUUACCAUCCUGCACAGCAAGAAACAGCAUGAAGCCCUGGGAAAAGAGGUCAGUAGGAUUGGUGGGUUUAAUACCUACUUCUGGAUCGGCUUAUCAGACAGAGAGAUAGAGGGGGACUGGAGAUGGGUGGACAACACAACGCUCACAAACAAGUUCUGGAACCAUUGGAGCUCGGAGCCUGAUAACAACCUCUCCGGUGGGGUUGAAGGUGAGGACUGUGUGGUCCUGGAGAGUAACACUCAGACCUGGUCCGACGUGCCCUGUGUCUUCACCUACCACCGCAUCUGUCAAAUGGAUGCUACCCCCAUUACCUGCCAUUGAAUCAGCGGGUGAAAGACACCACUGACCAUGAAAUAAGCUUAGAGUGGCAGGGAUUCAA